AUGUGCCAACACGAAGUCGCUACCAAUGGCUGGACUAGCACGCCGGCUAAUGCGGGUGCUAUAUUCGCCGACCAACCUUUCAUCAACAAGCCCGAUGAGCUCUCCCUCAACGACAUCAAAUUUCCAUUUGAUGAUCCUGUGGUCUCGAAGACAUUGAAAUACGCCAAAGAAGUCCUCCAUCCGGAAACCUUCAAUCAUUCAAUGAGGGUCUUUUUCUACGGAAUGGCUAUUACCAAGCAGCAAUUCCCGGGGCGAUAUGCUGCCCUUAACCCGGUGACUUGGGCUUUGACAUGCCUGCUGCACGACCUUGGUACGGCCGAGGAGAACCUGACAGCCACCCGAAUUUCUUUUGACAUCUACGGCGGAAUCAAGGCACUCCACGUCCUCAAGGAUUUUGGAGCCACUACGGAUCAAGCAGAGGCAGCUGCAGAGACGAUCAUCCGCCAUGAGGACAUGGGUGUUGAUGGAACGAUCACGUACAUUGGUCAACUCAUCCAGCUGGCCACGACCUACGACAAUACCGGUGUCCACUCUCAUGUGAAAGAUUUCGGUGAACUGAUUCACAAAACGACUCGCACUCAGAUCAACGAAACCUACCCACGAAUCAAAUGGUGUGCCUUUUUUGCUGGGGUCAUUCGCAAGGAGGAGACCAUCAAGCCCUGGUGCCACUCGACUCAUCUUGUCGAUUUUGACAACGAGACUGAGGCCAACGCUCUCAUGAAGCAGUGGGAGUGA